AUGGACUCUCUGGCCAGAGCGCAGAGCAAUGCCUCGAGACGGAGUGUUCUGGGGCGGAGGUUUGGUGCUGGAGCGCUCUGCAUCAUGCUGGUCUGGCAGUGCGGGAAUCUUGGGAGGACGUGGACGGCCUCGACACUACCGAGUCUGACCACAAUGACUGCGUUUGGCAGAGCCUCCGUCAGGCUUUCUCGUCGAACUUUAGCAUUGCGAGCUGCGGGCGUCAACCCUUUCGCCAUGGCACGCACCGACGUCAAAUCGACGCUCUUCAGCUGCCUGGACCAAGACGGCGACAGGCGUCUGAAUCGAGCCGAAAUGAAGAAGUUUGCGGAGAUGACAGGCUUCGAAGGUACCGAUGCAGACUGGGCCGGGGAGUUCGAAGUCCUAUGUGAGCCACAAGGAUGCGACUUCGCGGCGUUCUCCCGGCUUAUCGACGACGACUCCGACGAUGGGCUCUAUUGCGAGGACGCAGAGUUGGCAGACAUGUUGAACCAGCUCCUGAUGAGUGGCGUCGGGAUCCCCGCUGGAAGAGCUCCAGCAAAGGCUGCCUUGGGGGAGGCUGUACCUGCAGGCCUCGAGUAUUUCGUGCGUGAGCGAGAGGCUGGCCUCUAUGACGGCGAGUGGAAGGCAUGGGAUCCCAAUGAGGGCAUCAAAGCUCGGACGCCUCGUGUCGGCAAGAUCGGCACGUUGGACGGCUGUCCAAGCACAGCAGACGUGCAGGAAGCGCUCAUGUUUGUCAACGAGCAG